CCCGCUUCUUUGGAAGGCAAGGUGAGGAGAAGCAGUAAAGAGAAACGGUUCUAUACACGAAGCUCUGAAAAAUGAUGAUGAUCGGAAGAUCACCUCACUCACAUCCGACCGUCCAAGUCCCUCCUUGGGACGUUAUGGAUGAUCCAACGGUUGAUGUUCAUUCCCCAUUUUCCGUUACACCCAACAACUACUCCACUAGUCCUGAUUCUGGUUUUGACGCCUUAACGGCGUUGCAGCGUUACCUGCCGUCGAAUGCUAACGACGUCUUGUUCGAUUCUGACGGCUUGGACAUUCCCGUGGACGCUUUCUCAUGCGAUAAUUUCCGCAUGUAUGAGUUCAAAGUGAGGAAGUGUGCACGUGGAAGGUCACAUGACUGGACGGAAUGUCCGUACGCUCAUCCCGGCGAAAAGGCUCGCCGUCGGGAUCCUCGGAAGUAUCAUUACUCCGGCACUGCUUGUCCGGAUUUUCGUAAAGGUCUGUGUAAGAAAGGCGAUGCAUGUGAGUACGCGCACGGCGUAUUCGAGUGUUGGCUUCACCCUGCUCGAUAUCGUACGCAGCCUUGUAAGGACGGGACCCACUGUCGCCGGCGCGUGUGCUUCUUCGCUCACACGCCGGAGCAACUCCGACUUCUCCCACAGAACAGUCCGCGAAGCCACGCUGCUGAGUCCUGUGACUCCUUCGACGGAUCACCGAGUCGAUUCGGUUUUGACUCGUUCUCCUCGUCUCCGCCGUUUGACUCGCCUCCGAUGACUCCGAGUGGAUCACUGAGUCUCAACUCAAUUAACGGACUGGCUGAGUCGAUGCGUAAUAUGCAGAUUGGGAUGGUUAGAGGUAUGAGUAGCCCUACUUGGGGGUUGCAAAUGGGUUCUCCAGGGUUUGGUUCACCGCGGAGCCCAUCAACGCUCCGACCCGGGUUUAUGAGCCUUCCAACAACUCCGACCCGGAACCCGACCCGCUCUGGACGGGCUGUGUUCGACCACUGGGAGAAGACUUGCGAAGAGGAGCCAGCGAUGGAGAGGGUAGAAUCUGGAAGGGAUCUCCGAGCCAGAAUUUAUGCUAAACUCAGCAUGGAAAACUCGCUUGACUCGGGUGCUCCGGAUGUUGGAUGGGUUUCAGAACUCGUGAAAUGAUCCGGGUUCGGGUUAUGAUUCGUUUUGCUGUAAUGGUUUUAUUGGAUCUGCGGCUUCUGACUUGUAAAUACAUGCUGCUGCUUAUUUACUGAAGAUUAUUGGUGUAAAUAGCCUGUUUCGGCUGGAGAGAUUAGCCUUUUAAUCCCUAUUUUGUGUUUGCUUAUUUGGGUAUUUUUAUUAGGUCAGAAAACUGAAAAAAAGAAAAGAGUAGUAGGAGUUUGAAUAUUUUGUACAUAAGAAAAAAAUCUAGGAACAAGGGAUCUUUCUUUAUUGCAGGAGCUGCAGAUGUAUAUGAUUAUCGAUUUGUAUUCUCAUUUCAGUCAUUUUUUGCUAAUUUUUAAAGCUUUUUGGUAUAUUGAAAGUUUCUUGAUUUGA